CGCCUUCAUCCCUGCGUUCAGGUCUGUGUACUUACCGGAAAGGCUCUGAGCUCCCCUUGUGUAUUUAGAUUCUUGUCGGAGGUAGAGAAGCAUGACCGCUCCCACUUCCGUCUCAAAGUCCGAGAAGGCUUACAUCCAAUCUUCACUUCACGCGCCAGAUGCUCUGCGCGCGGACGGACGGUCACUCAAAGACUUCCGCAAUGUCUUCCUAGAGACUGGUGCGGCACCUCUCGCAAAUGGUAGUGCACGCGUCAACUUGGGCAAGGCUUCCCACGAAAGCGGAGGCGGGACAGAAGUUAUUGCGGCAGUGAAACUGGAGGUGGAGAAUGUCGAAAAUGGUGACGGUGUCGACGGUGGAAGAAUCGUCUGCACAGUACUAUGCUCACCAGCAGCAUAUCCGCAGCUUUCCUCAAACGCUUUAGACGAGCUUCAAUACGACUAUACUGCAGUUCUCCACCAGACGCUCUCGCAUCCAACACUGCGUCCAUCUAACCUCGGCAUACUGCCCCGCAAGAAGUCAUGGCUGCUCAAUCUCGAUAUCACGAUCGUUUCGGACGCGGGAAACACGUACGACGUCAUGUUCAUGGCUGCACGCGCGGCUCUCUGGGAUACAAAGGUCCCUCGGACGCGUAGCGUGCAGUAUGCCGCUCGCAAGGGUUCAGCGCCGAUGAUACAAGCAGGAGAAGCAAGCAUGGACGUAGACGAAGACGGUGUUCCCAAGAGUGGCUUCGACACCAGACGGAUACCUACAGCAACCGAUUUUGAGCUUCCGGAUUUCUGGGACGAAGGAGAAGUCUUAAAGGGAAGGGAGCUAUGGCCUGUCUGUAUCACGCUGAACAUCGUGGAUAUAUUGAUACAGGACUCGCCCAUCUAUUAUUUGGAUGCGACACCAGCCGAGGAAGUCGCUACUCCGCUGAAGCUUCUCCUAAUGUUCUCCUUCCUUGCUGGGGCAUCACCGAACCUGCAAGGCAUGCGCCUAUUGGGACCUGGUGAAGCACAGCUCGUACAGCUCAAAAAUUUCAUCACUGAGGGUGAGACCUAUGCGAAGGAGCUGUUCAAUGCCCUCGAAGCAAAACUGCGAGAUGAAGAUGUUAGGAGAAAUCAGAAAGCCCGCGAUAAGUUCACCCUUCGAUAGAAAUUGUAGUGUUUUUGAUGUAAAUGCCGUGCGUAUGAUGUGGAAUAUACAACUGUCUGUCUGUAGCGCGAAUGGCUGCCCGAGGCUGCAGCCCGCCACAUUUCACCAGUUGUGUGACGGUCACUGUGACAUAUUGUGACAGCGCGACUAAUUGCAUCACGCUCGAGUCACGGUGAGCUGUGA